UCGGCCUGGGUGGCAGCGAUGGCCUGGGUCCUCCAGCGCUCGGCCCUGCGUGCAGCUGGCACGCGCGUGUCUCCUCGUGUCUGCGCGUGUGUGUCCGUGCGUGAGAGUGAGAUGAAGUGGAGUCCUACGCCUGGGUGUUUCCUUCCAAGUGAUUCUGAUCAGCAAUCCAUUAGGGGAUCAUGAAAAAAAAAUCUGGCAAAAAGGAUGAAAACUGAGUAAGUACACAGAACUUUGAACUUGAAACGGAAUGAGACCAAAUGCAAGCAAAGCCCUGACAGUAACCACAUACAUCCAAACUGCUAUCCCCCCUUUUAUGUUAAAAGCCGUGAAUGCUAGCAGGAAAGUGGCAAUUUAAAACUGAACGAAGGGAAACAGUUUUGCAACAUAAAAGGCUGAGAGUGGGAUGGCUUUAAAACCGGAGGGAAAAUGAGAAACUGCUAGGACAACCUGGCCGGCGCCCAGCUGUGCAACAGGCACUUCGCGUUAAAUCGACUGCGUCUUCGGGGCUGUUUUCCGCCUUCAGACCGGCUUUACUGUGCUUUCUCUUUGCCCCAAAAGAAGAGACACGCUGAACUCCUGACUUUAAGAAUGUUGUGGAAGUAAGACAUUACCGGAAGGAACUCUUGGCAGCUGAGGAUGCAUUCGGAUGAUUUCUUACAACUAUCUUUAUUUUGACAUCUUAAAAAAAAAAGGCAGGUCAGUCAUUUCUUACUGUCCUUCACGUAAGGGCUAUUAUUGUUAACCACCUUUGACCACUGGGUCCUGUGAAUCUUUGGCAUGAACCUUCGGAAAGUUCUCAAGUGGAGAUGGGGCGAACUUGAUUGGAGUUGUGUAAAAAGAAGACAGAUGUGUGUUUUUUUCAUACUGACAACGUGGCCAGGGGCCAAGUGAAUCUGAACUGGUCAUGGUCUGUCGACCUGGGUUCCUUUGUCGCCGGCGAUUUUGCCCCCGACCUUUCUUGGUGGGUUUGGUGGUGGCGGUCUGUCUCUUUUACCAGACCCUGACACUCCGAGGGACUAAGAAGAUUGCAGCGGAGGUCUCUGGGACUGUCCCCCACACACUCUCUCAAAUUCAGGCUAGCAGAUGUGAGAAAGGAUACCCCCAGGAAAAACAGUGCUUCCUUCUCUCUGCGAAUGCCCAGGAAAUCAGGAAGAUUGAAGAAUUGAUUGAGAGACACUUCGGUAGUCGCAGCAGAAGAGCCAUCCUCCACAGGCCUCCUUCCUACAGCAGAGCGGAGCUUCAGACACACCAGCACCUUCUUGUUCAGCAUGGCUACAGUGUUGUCACUGUGGAAGAAAGGCUUGGUGGUGGUCUAAGUCCGGAGCUGCUGGACCAAGGUGGUUCGAACUCCUGGGAUCUGUUCAUUUGCCUGCCUUCUAGGGAAGCUGAUGGGAAACCUUGCAUAUCCAGGGAGCACAUGUGUCGACUAAGCCUACAUCAAAGGGUAAAUGUGUUACCAGAAAUACAGCCUCAGCUUUGCAGAAAAGAAGGCUUGUGUGAAAUCAUCAGAAGAUUUCCAGAACUGCGACUUCCAGUGAGUUCCUCUGUGUGCCUGGAUCAGGGGACACAGUCACAGCCGAGUGUUUCCAGUCAUCUCUCAAAGGCAGAAAAGCCACGUAUUUGGAGACCUUGGGACUGGCAACGGAAACAGUUGAAUCAGACUACAGUCGUUGCUCCACGCGAAGCAAUCUUCAGAGCAGAAGAGCUAUCUGUGAUUCUUAAAGCAUAUGUGUUGGUGACCUCCUUAAGACCCUUGCGUGCCUUCAUUCAUUCAACUGGCACGGUAUGGAGCCUACCAAAGAAGAAACGCUUUACUGUCAAGCUGCAGAUGUUUUUUGAGACAUUCCUGAGGACCAGUUCACCUCUACAAGCACUGGGAAGCAUGAGAGAAGCCAUUAGCAAGCUCCUGUUGGUAGCUGAGGUGCUUAGUGACACAUCUAGUCUGGGACCAAAGACCUUCCAUAGAUGUAGACAGUGUUUUCAGCUUUUAACUUUUGAUAUUGGUUAUGGAGAUUCGGGAUAUCCUGUGGUGCUCCAGGUACAUGAGCACUUAAAAUUUCACGAUGAUGAGAAUUUCAGCGUGGAGGACCAAAAUACGGAAAGAAUUCUUUUAAGGGAUACUUUCGACUUCCUCUUCUCCAAUGCCUCUUCGCUUUCCAUGGUUUCUGAGAUGUUGCAGAGGCCCGAGAGAGCAGGAGCAUUCGUGGAUGGAAACUAUCAAAAGGAGUUAAAUCAGUGCCUGUCUUUAGAGGAAAUUCACUCAAUUAGGACUUUUGUAAAGGAGCUUGGGAGUUUGGGACAAUUCCAACUGCUCUUCCCGUCCACUCUUCCUGGGAUUCAGUCUCUGAUGGGUGAAUUGUAUGAUAUGGCAGCGCCUGGCUCAGUCCUGUCCCAGUACUGGUCUCUCUUAAAUGUAUUUGAACAAUUUUGGCUCACGAAUAAAAAGGCACAGCUACAUCCACUGGAAUGGAAUUCUCCAACAAGAAAUGAGACCGUUGAGAAACCGCACGGGUCAUUGGAAGCAAUCAAAAGUAAAAAAGAUGCAGUUCCACGAGUUUUGUAUGAAAAUAAAGAUAUACAUUGCAGUGACGAGGAAGACACACUCUGCCAUAUCAAGAAGAUCUUCACCCAUCCCCAUUUAGAACUCAGCCCUGAGUUUAAUCCGAAGAUCAAAGAUUAUUACUGUGAAGUUCCAUUUGAUGUGCUAACUGUGAGGAUUGGAGCAGAGACUUCUAAGUGUCAAUGCAAGGUGCACCUGCAGGAGCAGGCCGGGCCAAGCAUUGCCAACUAUCCUCUGGGAUUAGGAAUGAACAGAAUCUCCAUGCUUGUGGUGGAUGAAUCUCGAGCAGAGGGUGAUACCCUAACCAUGUAUAAACUCACCAUCUAUAGAGAAGACCGCCCGAGUCUGCCCUUCUUCGAGGACUUCACAGCGUGUGGCUUUGUACAAGAUUGUGAUUUAUUGAUUCACCCAGAAGAAACCUGUGGAUUGCAACCUAUUUCUGCAGACUACAUUGAAGCCAUUUCACAGCCUGAAAUAAAGAGUUGUGCAUCUGGGGACACUAAAGGCCAGUGGAUUGUGCCUUGCCUUACUUGUUCAGACAACAGAACCUGUGACUGGAGAGAAAUAACCUGGCAACCACACAACUGCCAACAUGACAUUCUAACCAAGCCAGAACUUCAGCAGUGCCUGAAAGGAAGGAAGAUUCUUUUCAUAGGAGACUCCACCAACAGAGGGAUGAUGUACUAUCUAAUUGAGAGACUGAAUGACACGCUUCAGGAGUGGCAGAAGCUGCAUGGCACUAAACUCUACCCCAGUGUCAAUGAUGGGAAGACUCCGAUCAGUUACUCCUAUUAUCCCCAGUUCUGGAUAAGCCCUUCAUUGAGACCAGCGUUUGAGAAAGCACUUGAACAUCUCUUGCAAAGAUCUCAGCCCCUCGAGAAUACUGACCAGACGGUAUUGGUUGUUGGUGGUGUCCAGUGGCUUAAUUCCAAUCACCUGCAAAUUAUUCACAAGGUUUUAAAGAGGGAAAACUUGCUGAAUAUCCUAGUGAUCAUCAAAACGUUGGGGAUUGGAUUCCACCUGCCGGCAGAUGGAGUGCAUUACUUAACACAGAGUGAAGUACGGAAUUUAUAUAAAGAAAAUCUGAGCAUUCUGGAAGCUGCCAAAAAAUAUGGCUAUGAAGUAGUAGACACAUUCGCUAUCACAAUGGGACGACACAAAGAAUUUCUGCAGGGCAAUUGUGGAUGCCAUUUCCAUGAGGUAGUGAAAUCAAAGUUAUCCAGACAGCACCAUGUUAUCAAGAUGAAAAGAUCCAAGAACCAUAUUGUGGGGAAAUACUUCAGUAGGCAAAGCAAACUAAAACAACACAAUUCUGUCCCAAACGUUCAUUCACCGUAUCAUGUCAGAGGCCCGAUAAAUCAAGUUUGUUCUGAAAUCCUGCUCAGCAGGAUGUGCUCAAGUCAGAGGUCUGCGCAGGCUCCCUGAAGGAGAGCCAAUUGCACAGGCUCACUGAACGAGAGCUGAAUUCACAGUUAGAGAUGAACCCUUCACCUGGAUCUGAGAACCAAAUGUGCCUCACACGUACUUUGCAAUGACUGUACACUCAUCAGUGCAAGCAUGCACAGCAAAGCACACAGCUCACAAAAGCGCAAUGACACAUUUUUCUCAUGACUGUACACACUCACAAGUGACCUUGAGCAUCCGUUAGCUUCAGGUUGAAGCACAGAGCUAUACGGAGAUCACUUGAACUGUGAUCACAAACCAGGACCAUGUGGACCAGGUAUUGGACUGCAACGACAAACAGAAAUCCAGAAAUGCAGCAGCAUGGGGAUAGGGCGACGCUGGUUCUGUGCUCUCCUCUCCGUAAGUUCACUAAUGUAUAAAUGCUGAAGACACAAAUACAUUCCACAUGGAAGAAAGGAUAGCACUGAAGUUCUGUACCGGGAGAAGUGGGAUACUUUUAGUGGUUCGAGUUGUGAGGAUCCAAUGCUUUUGAAAAACAUUUCUUCUUAUGACUUUUAAAACUGUUACAAUGGAAGGGAAAGAACAGGGUGAUUCUCUGCCGUGGAAUUCAAAGAGAUUCUCCAAGAGCGAUAGGAAGCAAUAUUAUAUUCAACUCUGAGUUUCUGUGUGUUCCACAAAGAUUCCCCCCACCCCUAACUUCUGUGAGCUUAGGUGGGGAGCGCAGUCUAAAUGGAUGAUAGGCAUCAUUUUAAAGUGUGGGACAAAAUAAAGUUCCCCAUUGGUUACUUUGUAUAUUGGUGAAUGCUGUUACUAAGGUAGCUUUCACUUGCCCCUAUAGACCUAUUUAAUUUACGACGACAGUUACAUUUCAGAUAUUGUGCAAAGGCUUGCAGAUUCUCAAAUGUAAAAGCGUGAAGCAUUUCCUGUAGACCCACAAAUUACACUAUGCGACUAGAGCUGUAUUUUUCUUUGAACAGAUGUGUUUAACUCAAAUUAGAGUAGGCAUACAAAUAUUUUUAUGAAAAUUGUGGUAUAAGUAUGGAACGAACGUGCCUAGUUCCAGCAUUGAAAACUUUCACUUCUGUCUUUUUAGGCACAAGAUGGUAACUUUCCUUAUUGUACAAAUUCUUUGAUGUGAGAUAACUUCUUACUGUUGUGGGUUUUAAAGGAUGAUUUGGACAUAAGGAAAGGAAGCUGAGAGGGCUAACUCAGUAUGUAGUUUAGAUUACUAAAUAUACAAAUACCUCAAGUUCAUUGCCAUAAAAAAAGAAACUAUUUUCACCUAUUGACCCAUCAAUUAGAAUGAAUACCCACCUCCUUCAAAUGCUCUAUUUUUAUAUAUAUAUAUAUUUUAUAAGAACAUAAACAUGAAUUUAUAUUUUAACUGUUUUAAAUGAUAUUUAAAUACAAGUAUCACUUGAUAAAUAAACGUGCAUUUAGAAAUAGAUUUUUUUGAACAACGGUACAGAAUUAACUUAAAAAUGAAAUAUUUUUCAUAUUUACGUCUAUAUGCAAACACUAUUUUUAGAUUUUUCAGUUAUUUUUCCCUAAUAUAACAUGUUAGCAAUUGAUGCAGCUGCUCCAUCAAAUGUCCCCCACGUUGUCCAACUAGUGCUAAGCCUUUUGUAACUCACUCUCCUCAUAACCAUGACAACUGUCUGACUCAAGUCAAGUCUGGCAUUUCCCGCUUGACCACUGAAAUAAUACUAGAUUUUUAGAAACAACUGUAAUGUGUUAUCAAUAAAUGUGUAGCUGGUAA